AAAACCUCUUGGUUCUUUACUUUUAUUUAUUUUUUUUACACCUCCAAGCUCCCUUCAGGAGUUGCUACACCUUCAGAUUGGGACAUCUUUCCUUAUUUGCAAACCCCAGCUGAGUCUGGGGGUAGGGCUGCCUUGCAGCUGCCCAGAGCAGAAAGUCUUCCAAGGAACAGCAGAACAUCAGAAGUCGGGGCAGAUCAACCCUGAGAUGUGACUGGCAUCAGGAGGCUCCCUCCCCAGAAGACAUUUAGGACCAAAGCUGACAUUUUCUUUCCUUGCAGGUAGCUGACAGGAUUGACCCCCAAAGACCAGAAACAUGCAGUGUGACAUCCAAAGGGCUGAGGCACUGGAUGGGGCUCAUUUGAUGCAGAUCCUCUGGCACGACGGUGCAGAGUCAUUCUACCCAGCUGUAUGGCUGAGAGACAGCUGCCAGUGCUCUGACUGCUACCUGGAGUCUGCAAAAGCACGGAAACUUCUCAUCGAAGGUCUGGAUGUGAGCAUUGGAAUUACAGAUUUGACUUUCGACAGAAAAAAGGUGUAUAUCACGUGGCCAGAUGAACACUGCAGUGAAUUUGAAGCUGACUGGCUGAAGAAAAGAUGCUUUUCCCAGCAGGCCAGAGCCAAACUCCAAAGAGAAUUGUUUUUGCCAGAAUGUCAGUACUGGGGCUCAGAGUUCCAGCUACCCACUCUGGAUUUUGAAGAUGUUUUAAAAAAUGAUGAACGUGCAUACAGGUGGCUCUCUACCCUCAAGAAAGUAGGCAUAGUGCGACUCACUGGAGCAUCUGACAAACGAGGAGAAGUUUUAAAACUUGGGAAAAGGAUUGGUUUCCUUUAUCUCACAUUCUAUGGACAUACUUGGCAAGUGCAAGACAAAAUCGACGCAAACAAUGUCGCUUAUACAACUGGGAAGUUAAGCUUUCAUACUGAUUAUCCAGCUCUUCAUCAUCCACCUGGGGUUCAGUUUCUGCACUGCAUAAAGCAAACAGUCACUGGAGGUGAUUCAGAAAUUGUCGAUGGGUUUAAUGUAUGCCGAAAGCUCAAGGAAAAAAAUCCUCAGGCAUUCCAGAUUUUGUCCUCCACCUUUGUGGUCUUUGCAGACAUUGGAGUGGAUUAUUGUGAUUUCUCUGUACAAUCCAAGCACAAAAUUAUAGAGUUAGAUGAUAAAGGCCAAGUGGUUCGAAUCAACUUCAAUAACGCUACCAGAGACACCAUAUUUGAUGUACCUGUUGAAAGAGUUCAGCCAUUUUAUGCUGCUCUGAAGGAGUUUGUUGAUCUCAUGAACUGCAAAGAGUUCAAGUUCACCUUCAAGAUGAAUCCAGGUGAUGUGAUUACUUUUGAUAACUGGCGCUUACUUCACGGCCGACAGAGCUAUGAAGCAGGAACAGAGAUAUCCCGCCAUCUAGAAGGAGCUUAUGCAGACUGGGAUGUGGUGAUGUCAAGGCUUCGUAUCUUAAGACAGAGUGUUGAAAAUGGAAAAUGAAUCUCCUGUCUAUAAUUUUAGUAAGAUUGCAAUUGGUGUAUUUAGUAAGAUAGGGCAAGUUUAUUUGGGUCCACAGACCACUAUCCGAAUCAUUUAGAUAUUAAUUUCUUUGACAUUGAACACAUAACUCUUUCCUAAGUGUACUCUUUUCUUGUAAUCAUAUACAUCAUUGACUUUUUAGAUGUUAUGGCAGAGUUCUCUCUUUUCCAAAGAAAGCACCCCUUCGGUUUUGUUACGCAUAUAGUCUAAUUUCUUUUCUUCACAUGUGAGAGUCUCCAGAACGCCUGCAAAUAGUUUUCGUAUCAAAUAAAACUUUUCUUCAGAUAAAGCUUUUUGUUUUAAACAAAACUUUUGUUUCAAAUGAUCUUUGUAUUUCAGAUACAACUUGUUUUGAAUAAAACUUGUUUCAAGUAAAAUGUGUUUUACUCCUUUGCCUAUAGAGUCUCAUUUCUCAGUGUGCAUUUAACUGUCUUAAGCAUGCCUACAAAAAGACUUUAUGUUUUCAAAGAUCUGUUUGUUCACUUUUAUUAUAG